AUGGUAUCUCUGACCAGGGUUGCGCUCGUCGCCCUCGGCGCAGCGCAUGGUGCAAAUGCAUGGGGAGAACUGGGCCACGCCGCCGUCGCAUAUGUUGCGCAAAAAUACGUGACUCCUGAAGCCGCGUCCUGGGCAAAAGAAGUCCUCGGCGACACCUCCAGCUCAUACCUAGCAAACAUCGCAUCCUGGGCCGACAAAUAUCGCCUCACAGACGAAGGGAGUUGGUCAGCACCCCUGCACUACAUCGAUGCCCUCGACGACCCCCCAACAAACUGCAACUUAGACUACGAGCGCGACUGCACAGCCGAGGGCUGCUCCAUCUCUGCUAUUGCCAAUUAUACUGAGCGUGUCGCCGACACUAAGCUUGCUGCGGCUGACACCACCGAGGCCCUUAAAUUCCUCGUUCACUUCAUCGGCGACCUCGUGCAGCCACUGCAUGACGAAUCCUACGAGCUUGGCGGGAACGGCAUCAACACUACCUUCCAGGGGUACAGUGAUAAUCUCCACUCGGACUGGGAUACGUACAUCCCGGACGAGCUGGUUGGUGGUAGUUCGCUUGAGGAUGCUCAGGGCUGGGCUGAUAGUCUGGCCAAGGAGAUUGAUUCUGGAGACUAUAAGGCUCAGGCGGCAAGUUGGAUCAAGGGUGAUACUGUUGAUGAUGUUAUUGCUACUGCUACGCGAUGGGCGGUCGAUGCGAAUGCUCUUGUUUGUACGGUUGUUAUGCCGGAUGGACCUGAUGCUUUCGCAGAGAUGGGUGACCUGUAUCCUGAGUAUUAUGACUCCGUUAUUGGGACUAUCGAGGUGCAGGUUGCGAAGGGUGGGUACCGCUUGGGUAAUUGGAUCAAUAUGAUCUAUAAGGAGAAGAUUACUCAUGGCGAGGAGAAGCCUGGAAAGGGUAAGGGUCCGGGUAAGGAGCACCCUAAGCCGCCUCACCCAGGCCAUGGAGGCGAUGUUCUGCCUCACCCUCGUCUGCCCCCUCGUGCGAACUUGGCUAGAGCGGCUAUGGGUGGAUCCUGUUGUUCUUCCGAGCGUCGUGGUGAGCACAGACACUGA